AUGGAUACCACUUCCCCUUCGAGCACUGAAGCUUUUAAGGAACCAAAUUUUGAUGAUACAUUAAAUGACCAAGAUCUUUUCCGUAUGGUGUAUAACACUUCACUCCCAAGAUCUGAAGGUAUUUCCAGCUUUUCGCAAGGUUUACAGCAAAAUACUUUGUGGAAUGGUUCUAUGCAUUACCAAGGAAUUAUCAGUGGUAGUCAUGACCCAUGCCUUGAUAAGUUAGUGCUUGAAUCUCAAUCGUUAGAUCCACUGUUGAAAGUGAGCGACAAAAGCACAAUCAGAUAUACCAUUGGCAAACAUCAAGACCAAAAGAUGUUCAAAAUCAAUCAGAAACAGCACAAGAUAAUGAAAUUGAAUGGAAGCAAGCCCUCGAAGAAAUCUAACUCUAUCAAAGGACAGUGGACUUCUGAUGAGGAUACGAAAUUAAUAGAUUGGAUAAAGCAAAAGAACGAAGAAAUGGUUAGACAUCGCGAAAAUACUUGGAGGACGAGCAGGAAAACAGUGCAGGGAGAGAUGGCACUACAGUCUAUGUCCUGA